AUGGAACUAACAGAAUUUGGCCGGGUCCUCUACGAUAAUCUAUCUCCAGUCGUUGUUCGAAGGUACUUGAACAAAUUGAGGUUGGUUUUUUCCCACAAAAAAGUGUCCAGAAUGGAAGGUUAUUUUCAGAAUCAUGAUCGUUAUUGAGCGAUAUCGACGAUCGAUCGCUCUUUUGCCGCUUCGAUUGAAGACUAAUAAGGAAAUGGACCACAUUUUGAGAGAUGUGGGGCGUUUUUUUUGGAAUUUGGGAGAAAAAUUAAGAGAUAAUCUUGGAAAUUCAAAAGUCAAUACGAGGCGAAAAGCUUGAAUUUUAUAGAUUUAGAAAAAUCAUUUAUUCUACGUUAUAAGUGCUUUUGAUUGGCUUAAACUUUGAAUUUACAUAAAAUUUGGAGACCAAUAAGAAAAUGGAUCAUUUUUUUCAGAGAUUUGAAGGUUUUGUCAAAAGUUAUAAAGCCUGUAAAGAAAAAAAUCAAGCAAGGUCGCUUUUUUUCCAAAGAAAAAGCAAAUUUUUUUGAAAAUUCCAUAAUUUUUUUGAAGUUUAGUGGUGUCAGUAGAGAAUGAAUCAAAAUUCAAUAAAUUUAGAAUUAUUUUUUUAAAAAAAGCAAGUUUUUUUGAACAAUUCCUAGAAGCAAGUAUAAAUAUUACCUUACCGAAGAAAAAAAAACUUUUAUCAAUUUUUCAGAUCAAAAACUUGCCUCCGGACCGUCUCUGCUUCCAAUUUUUCAAGGAAGAAGCUUAUUACUUGGUAAUUUAUAUUGUUCAUUCAAGACAACUUGAUGGGUUUUCGAAAAAAAGCAAAGUUCUCGAAGGGAAAAAAAAUAAGUAUGCGCUUUUAAAUUGCCUAUAAAUCUUUUUUAAUGUUUUUAAUCUAUAAAUUAAAUGAUUAAACUGAUGAAAAAGAUCAUUUUAAAGCUAAUAACCUUCCUUUCAAAGAGGUAUCGGGCGAUUUUUAAUGGUCUCGAAGGGAAAAAUGAGUAUGCGCCUUUAAACUACCCAGAAAGUUGUUUUUCUUAACGAUUCAGACUAUAAUUAAAAUGAUACUUUUAAAGCUGAUAACCUUCGUCCCGGACGAACAAAUGAAGAUCGAGAUCAAGCUCCAAGUGAUGCACAUCGAAGAAGACAUCGCCGAGUUGAUGACCAUCACUGAGGUUCCUAUCGAUUAAUUAUUGAUUAUCGAUUUAUUUUUUCCAGAACCUUCGCCUUUACUCGCAUCCAAUUGUCAACCACAUUGAGAUGGACCAGUUCCAGGCGUCUGGGGUAAGGGAAAAAUUUAGAAAAAAAAUCAUCAAGUUUAUAGAUUUUUAGUAUUUUUCGAGUAGGUUACAAGUCUACAUUGAAAAUUAUUAAGGGCUCAUGGGAAAAUGAGAAAAACUAUAUAGAUCUGAAGGGAUUGAGUUUGAGAUUAUAUCGAUUUUACAGUACACUCAAGUCUUCAAAAGAGUUGAAAAUUAUUCUGUGGUAAGAAAAAAAAAAGCAUCAAAUUUAUAGAUGUAUAGUAUUUUUCAAGUUAGAUAUAAGGGAAAAAUUUUUCAGUAGUCCAAAAAAAUGAGAAAAUUGAAAAAUGAGAUCCAAACAAAUGAUAGAUCGAUAUGAUAACGAGAAGGCUUUUCAGAACCAACAAAUUAGCCUAAAUUGAUCGAGAUUCCUGCUAAAAAAGCUCUAAAAAGUUUAAAAAUCAAUAUUACCAGUAAGACCUUUGAAGAAAACGGUCUUUAGAACUCAAAUUCUGAGAAAAAAAAAGUUAUGUCGAGGCUAAAUUUGACAUUAAACCGAUGCUCAAAAGAUCAAAAACGGGUUAUUUUUGAAAGGAUCGUUGAAAAAAAAAUUGAAGUUUCACUACUGAAAAGUCUAUGCGUUCAUUUUGACUGGAAAUUGAAAAACUGAAAUUUUACGACUGAAAACUCAAAAAUCUUCUUGUGAAAACGCAUAGGAAAGGUGCUGAAAUAUUGAAAGACGGGGGGGUGGGUUUUAUCAGAACAUUAAAAAAAUUGGAGCUCCACUACUCAAAAAGUCAAAAUUUUCCUCUGAAAUUGAUACUAACUCGACGUGAAAUGGUUUCUAAAAGAUGAAAGAGGGGUGAAUUUUCACUGAAUGUUAAUUUUAAAUUGGAACCUUGUAAAUUUAGACUUUUAUACUGAAAACUCAAAAAUCCCGUUUUGAAAUUGAAGCUAACACGACGAGAGACGGUGCUGAUGUCGCAUCGGCUGGCGGCGGCGAUUUCUGAAAUCGAAGACCGGCUGACGAUGAUUUUCAUCUGCGAGGAGCUCACCAAACGGGGCAUCCAACACGAAUUCCGAUGGGAUGACCCGUAUGGAGCCGGGAGUCCCGUUCUUCACAUUACUGGGUAAAUUUCGGAUAGACGAUAAUUUCGGUUUUUGUCACCGCCUAGACCGGUUUUUUGUGUUUUUACCUUUCCUUUUGAAGUGAGAAUUAUAUUUUUUUGUAGAUUUCUCAUUUGGUGCAUGCACAAUUUCAACCUACAGUAAGAUUCGUUCCUAGAAAAAAUUAACGCUAAACGGAUCCAACUGAAAAAAAAAUUUCAAGGUCUAGAAAUAAUUAUUAAGCUACUAUAAGGUACAAAAAGGGCAUAAAAUUCAUCAAAUUCAAGGAAAAAAAACUGUUUUCUGUCAGGUUUUGAUGUUUGAAAAAGGCCUAGAAGGACUAACUGACAGGGGAGGUCAUUUUACUUUGCGGUUGAGAAUUUCCUGAAAAUUGGCCAGAACCUUUCUUGAUGUACCAGAUGAACAUCCUGAAAGUCGCAACCUGCAAAACUCCCUAGUUCGAGAAAUAAAGGCUGAAAGCCUACUUUUUAUGAAUUUUGAGGAUUUUCUUUGACUUUGAGGCGUCUUUUCCCAAUAAUGAGAAAGUUGUGCAGGUUGAGACUUUUAGAAUCGUCUUCUGGUACAUCAAAGAGUGUUCUGGCCAAUUUGCAGAAAAAAUCCCAACCGCAAUUUAAAAUGACCUUGUGAAGAAAUUUAAAAAAAUGAAAAACUUUCACGUUUCGAAUUAUUUCAUUUCAAAAUUUGAUCUUUCUGAUUUAUUCCCGAAUAUAAUAAGUUUCAAAAGCUACAUGAAAUGACGGAUAAACUAUUCCAAUCGUUCUAAGCAUUCUACAAUCUGAUAAUAUAUACAAAUAUAUAGUUGACUUCAAUUCUUAACAUUUUUCAUCAUGAAUCGCUCAAAAUUGAAUUUUUGAAAAGACCUUUGUGAAAUGGCUUGAAAAUAAUUGGAUGUUAAUCUUCUUCAAGAAAUUUUUUUCAUAGGCAAAGUCGGAAAGGCUGGAAAAAGGCUCCAUGAAAAUGUUCCUUUUAGGGUGACAAUGAUUACUUUUUUGCUGCCUUUUUGGGCCAUUUUAUCGGCUGUUAUGAACCCUUUUUGCUCCCCUUUUUCACCAUUUUUUGAGCCUUCAAAAUCCCAGAAAAAUGGAAGGCUAAUUAAAGGGACCCUUUUUGCUGCCUUUCUGCGGCCUUUUUUGAGCCUUUUAGCGGCCAUUAUUCCGACUUUGCCCGAGUCAUCAAAAAGUUUUGAAUGAAUUUUUGAAUGAAUUUUAUGUACGAUUUGCUGAAAUCACUUCACAUAAACGCUUUCUCACACUGAAAAAGUAUGAAGCUUCAAAAAUUUUUCAAAAACUCAAAGUUUUUCAGUGUCAGUAACGCGGUGGACAUGAAAUGCCCGGAAUUCUUCCGGAAUAUGGUAAAAAAUUCAUUUUUUUUCGUGUAAAAAGAGCAUUUUUCAAGGUCCGCUGUUGUAUACGCGUCGAUAACCGUCUACGGCUCACGUUUCCAUUUGAAUGUUGUAUGGAAAAUAUUCCGCUGAUCCGAGAUUUGCCCUAUGGGCGGCUCUACUCGGCAAAGGUUGGUUUGAAAAUGAAAAGGAAAUGUUAAAAAAAUGGCUUCUGCUGACAAGGGAGGUCAUUUUACUUUGAGGUUGGGAAUUUUUCACAAAAACACUCUCUGAAGGAGAUCAAGAUCCCUCAUAGUCGCUUCCUAGUCCCACUUCUAGUUUUUGAGAUAUGAUUUUUCAAAGUUGCAAAAAAAUGGGUUUAACUUUUCGACUUCCAAAAUUAAUUAUUUUUAAAAUCUAGAAGCUGGCGUGAGUUGCCACUUUGAUGGAUCUUAAUACAUAACUUCAGAGAUUGUUUGAGCAAAUUUUCCUAAAAUUCCGAGCAAAUUAAAAUGACCUUUCUUGUAAGUUAGAUGAAUAAUUUUUAAAAAAAUCAUAAUAGGAAGAAAAAAACAUAAGAGCUUUUUGCCUCUCAUAAAAGUUAGUUUUUUUGAUGAUUUUUUUAGAAAUUUUUUUAAUCGAUAAUUUAUUCAAAGUACAAGCUAAAAUGAAGAGCUUGAAGCUUAAAAAAAUUGAAAAUUGGAGCUUCAUGAUAUUUUUCUUAAAAACUUGCCUAUUUUUUUAACCACAUCUUACUUUUUUUGAUGAUGGUUUUUUUCCGCCUAAUUUGCACUGGAACUUAAAUUGAAAAUUUUGAAAAAUAAAAAAAUUGAUUUUUUUCUGACAAAAUUUGUACAGAAAAAUUUUUAUUUCAUGACAGUUUUAAGCUGUUUUUUUCAAUUUAGAAGCUUUUUAUGUGUAUUUUUUUCAGAAAAAAAGUGAAUUUUUUUAAAUUUUUUUCGUUUUUUUCAUGAACGUCUCUGAACAAAAAAAUAGGGCUUAUUCUCUUUUUUAAUAAAUUUUUUUAAUUUUUGAAGUUGAAAUAAGAGCUUCUGAAACGAAAAUUGUUUAUUUCAUGUUUUAAUAUCAUUAUUAUUGUCAAAUUUAAGCCAAUCGAACCGGAUAUAAAACCACCUCGGGAUGUAAGUUUAUGUUUGAGUGAUUUCAAAUGCUUUAUGUUGCAUGAAAAAUUGUCUUUUUCUCAAAUUAUUCCGCAUGCUUUUCUUCUUCCCACCACACACACUUUCUACACAGAGAUUACAAAAAUCUUCCUUUUUUCUCAAUGAUUUUCCACUCCACUUAACACCUCCACCACUUCUUCCCUCACUAAUCUUGGAAAUAUAAUACUAUUUUUCAUGUUUUUAUGUUUUCAGAUUUGUACGUGGAUCCAAGAAGUUUCGGCUCGGGACGCUAGUAAUAUGGCUGGAAAGGUCGCCGAUACGGUUAGUUUUAGAAAAGGAUGAAGAAUUAUUUAAUUGAGAAGAUUUGAAUGAAGAUCAAUAAAGAGAAGUGCGAUUUUUUUAAUAGAAAAAAACAGAAUCUUGAGCUUUUUGAAAGUUCCUUUAAAAAAAAACUUGAAGUUUUUCGCAACUUUUUGAAAGUUCUAGAAGCUCAGAAAAGCUUGAGAGUUAUGCCAAAAGAAACUUUGUUCCUGAUAUUUUUGAUGAAGGUCUUGAAAAAUACAGAAAAUCAUCUGGAGUACUAUUAAAAAAACUCCCUGGAAGCUUCAAAAAAAUUGAGACUCCUUUAGGAAAUUAUUUUUAUUCGCCAGCGAGCUUAUAACUUCAUUGAGAAAAGUUUUCGCAUUUUCUGAAUCAAUCCAAAAAUUCAAUUCCUUCUUGGACUUCUUAAAAUUCUCAUUCUUCAUUUAAAAACCUCAAAGCUCUUUAAAAGUGUCUUAGAAGCUUCAAAAAAAUAAGACUCCUCUAGAAAAUUAUUCUAUUCGCCAGCGAGCUUACAACUUCAUGAGAAAAAAACUCAGAAGCCUUCUGAAUAAAUUCAAAAAAAUUCGAUUCCCUCUUCAACUUCUUAAAAUUCUCAUUUUCCAUUCUAAAACCCCAAAACUCUCUAAAAAUCCCUUCAAAAAAUAAGGUUCCUUCAGAAAAUUAUUUUAUUCCUACCGAGCUUACAACUUCACUAGGAAAAUUCUGGAAACCUCCUGAAUGAAUCCAAAAAGUCAAUCCUUCCUUAGACCUCUUAAGAAUCUUCUUUGCCAUAUUAAAAACCCAAAAUUCAUUUUUCCCAGAUCGUCGAACGUGUCUCCCGCUAUUGUCACCUCUACAGUGUCAUCUACAAAUUCGCCAUCGCUUACGAUAAUUUCUACAACAAGUUCUGCAAUGUACCCCCUUUCCAACAUGUUUCCUAACUUUCAAAAAACAUUUCAAGAUCGAAGCUUACACCUUCCACAAGCUGGUCCUCUCCUACGGCGAACAACGGGAUCAACUACUUAUUGUCGGCUAUCGCCUUGGAUCGAAACCACUUUCUGGAGUUCCGAAGGACCUCUGGCAACAGUUCCCUGUUCCGCCAAAAGAAGACUUCUUCGCUGUCAAUUUUGGACAGGUAAGAGGGUUGGAAUUGACUUUGCAAAGGAGAAAAUGAGGUUCUAGAAAAUUAAGGGGUCUUUAAACGAGUAUAGGGAUGGAUUUUAUAGUGUCAAGGAAUGAAAAAAAAACAACUUUGAAGGAUGAAAAUGUGAUUAGCCGACUUCAAAAUCGUGUAAGGGACUUUUUAGUGUCAAGAAAUGAGAAGCGGAGACUUGAAAGAAUGAAAAUACCCUUACUAGGGAAUUAUCCUUAUUCGCAGCGAGACUUCUGAAUUCCCUUGAUGUAGUUUUUCACGCUGAUUCGAAAUCUGGCCUCGAAAACUGCCCUUGAGGUCUGUGAAAAAAGUUAGGAGCUCUCAAAAGUCGAAAACUUGUUGGACGACCUCAGAAGGUUGGAAUCGUGCUCAGAGUGUCAAGAAAGGAUAAAAAAAUCUGAAGGAUAAAAAAAUUCCAUUAGAAGAAUUGAAGACUUCAGAAACAAUCCCUAAUUUUUUUCCAGACUUUCUUAACCUUUUGAAUAUUUGAAAUAAGCUUCCUUAAACUCUAACCUGAGUGUGAACAGACAAAAAAACUUUCUGAAAAUCUCCUAGUCAUUUUAUAUUUUUCUGAAACUUUAGAAAUCUUGAAAAUGAGAUCCCUCAAGUUUCAACGUCACAAAAUUGAAAAAAAAUCCAAGGUGCUCGUAAAAAACCAAAUGAGUAUUGUCAGGCCUUAAAUUUUUGUCGAAAGUUCUGAGAACUUGAAAUUUUUAACCUGGAAAAGAUCUUUGAAAUUCAAAAAAAUUACAAAAAAAUUCAAGGUUAAAAUUCCUCAGAGUAUUUUUGACAUUUAGAGACAUUUCAGGAAAUUUUCCUACGGUCCUGCUGCUUUGAAAAAAAGUUUCUAGUACUUUUUGAAGGUUAGACACUUUUUUUAGAAAUUUUGCGGGGGGUUUUUUUGGCUCUGCUGCUUCAAAAAUCUAUGAUUCUCUUCUUGUCAAGAGUAUUUCUAAAAUCUAAAGGCCUUCAAGGAACUUUUAGAUUUUUUUUUCAAAUCUUGCUUUUCAAAAAAUGCUCUUCCAUUCUAGUUAUCGCCAAGAAGUAUUACGGGGCCGCCGGAAAUCCGUUUCCGCGAUGAUAUGCGCUGGAAUCCGCAUGCUCUACUAACCGGGACGAUUAGAGAAAGGUAAAAUUCCGUGGUAAAGUCUGAAAAUAACACAUUUUAAGGCUAAACGAAACGAAUGACCUGACUGGAAUCGUCCACUACUUGGUCAUGACCUCGAAUUCCCUCUUUGCCUUGUCCAACUUCAUGCGGAUUCGCUUCAAGACCCAUAAGGUUCCCUCAGAAAAAUCAAAAAAUCAAGGAUAAAAAUUGAUUCUCCAGGUCCUCGCUCAAAUUCUACAUCAGGAAGUGCAAUUUCCGUUCCGGUUAAAGGUGAGAAAACUUGAAAAUGGUCAUUUACAAGGUUAAUUUAUUUUCUAAACCCUCUAGUGAUCACUUAAAGGUAUUAUUUAGUACAAUAAACUAUACAAUAUGUGUACAUAUAUCAAUACAUUUUUUAAUACGUUUUCCAGCCUUCAAGCACAUAAAUGACCACCAGAAUUUCACUUUAGUGAUCACUUAAACUCUCGCUUCAGUAAAAUGAAUUGUCACGUUUUUUAGCCUUUAAUCCUUUAAAUGAUCUUAAUAAAGCUUGGACAUUUUCUAAACCUUAUAGUGAUCACUUGAAGCUAUGAUUUAGCUAAUUGAUACGUUUUCCAGCUUCCAAGCCCUUAAAUGACCACUAGAAUUUCACUACGGUGGUCUCUUAAACGCUCGCUUCUGUAAAAUAAGCUGUCACGUUAUAUAGCCUCAAAUCCCUCAAAUAAUCUCAAUAAAGUUGGGACAUUUUCUAAACCCUCUAGUCAUCACUUGAAGCGAUGAUUUAGUAAAAUAAAAAAAAUACGUUUUCCAGCCUUCGAGCCCUUGAAUGAUCACUAGAAUUUCACUUUAGUGAUCACUUAAAUUAUAAGCUUUAGUAAAAUAAAUUGUCACGUUUUUUUUAGCCGUUAAUCCCUUAAAUGAUCACUAGGAUUUCCCUCUAGUGAUCACUAAAAGGUAUACUUUAGGGAAAUAAACUAAUACGUUUUUAACUUUGAAUCCCUUAAAUGAUCCCUAGAACUUUCGUCCCUUUAGUGAUUAUUUGGAGCUAUGAUUGAGGAAAAAAAACUAAUACCUUUUCCAGCCUUCAAACCCUUAAGUUAACACUAGAAUUUUCCUUUAGUGAUCACUUAAAUUAUAAGCUUUAGUAAAAUGAAUUGUCACGUUUUUUAGCCUUCGAUCCCUUAAAUGACCACUAGGAUUUCACUUUAGUGAUCCUUUGAAAUCUCGCUUCAGUGAAAUAAACUAUCAACGUUAUUUAGCCUUCAAGCCCUUAAAUGAUCACUAGGAUUUCCAUCCUUUUAAUGAUCACUUGGAGCUAUGAUUGAAUAAAAUAAUCUAAUACGUUUUCAGCCUUGAAUCCCUUGAACGACCACUAAAAUUUCACUUUAGUGAUCCCUUAUAUUAUAAGCUUUUAGUAAAAUAAAUUGUCACGUUUUUUAGCCGUUUUAACGGAUUAAAAUCCCUUAAAUGAACACUAGAAGUUCAAUUUCGUUAAAAAAAUUAACUUUUUGAGCUUGUCCUAACCCCUCAAGGGGCUUUUAAAGUGAAUUUCUUCUUCUAAAGAUCAAAAUCUUCCAGUUCAACCUAACGGCCGCAACGGAAACCAACCUCCGAUUGUACUACGAUUACAUUUUGCUCGAUUUUAUGCUCCUGGCCGAUGGAUUGGUACGGAAUUUCUUUUUUAGCAAAAUGAUCGAAUAAUUACAGAUCGCGGUGAGGGACAGCUGUAGGGGCGAGGCGCGUUGUGCGGGCCUUUUCCGAUUUUUCUUCUUACAUUCGGGGUGAAUUUUCGAAUUAUUUAGAAGGGAAAUGUGUGCUUUUUCGCUACAGUUUUGUUGAAAAGCCUAUCGAAAAUUGGGUGGUAUGAAAAAAAAACCAGCGAAAAUUCAAACGGCGACUUUUCCGAUUUUUUCAUAUCGCUAGGGAACUUUCCGACGGCCACCUUUCCGACGAAUCUUUUUCCGAAUUUUUUUCUCGAUAAAAUCUUCGUUUUAAAUCUUCCUAUACAAAGUAGGUAGUUGGUUCAUGAUUAAAACACAAAGAAAUAGGAAAAAAAAAGGUUUAUAGAUUUUUUAUAAUCCAAAAAAUAUAAGGGAAAAAAGUCGGAAAAGGAUCCGUCGGAAAGGUGGCCGCCGGAAAGCUCCCUAGCGUUAUAAAAAAAUCGGAAAAGUCUCCGUUUGAAUUUUCGCUGGUGUUUUUUUCAUACCACCGAAAAUUGGAAUUUGAAAAAAAAAUUUGGUUAGAAUUUUAAAUUAGUGGCUAAUUAUCCUAGUUUUUUUAUUAGUUUUUCCUUUUGUUAUAUGUAAUUUUUCCAUUGAAUUUCCUCAAAAAAAGUAGAUAAAUUGAAUUAAAAAAAUUCACCUACAGUACCGUUUUUGCUGGAUCUUCGGUUAUAUGAAAAAAAUUGAAUUUCAAAAAAAUUCACUCAGAAAUUACAUAAACUAGCCAGUUUUUUUCCUAAAGUUCCUUUUUAUUUUACUCUAUUUUUUUCCAUCAAACUUUCCCUAAAAAAACCAUUUUUCUAAGCAGGAAUAUCUCUGCGAAGCCGUUUAAAAAAAUGGGACUUUUUAGAAAUUACCAACAGUGAUUAAUUUUUGGAUAAGAUUUCUCAUAUAAUAUUGAAAAAAAUGCCUCAAAAAAAUUUCCACCUUAAGAUCCUACGAAAUGAAAAAAAUCGUAUGAAAAUUUGAAAAUUUAAAAAAAUUCGAUCAUAAUUUUCGACUAUUAAUAGAUUUUUCCUAAAGUUUCGUACAUUUUACUGCACUUUUUCUAUCAAAAAAAUCCCUCAAAAAAAUCAUUUUCUUUUUUUCCAGCUGAAUAUACUCCGAGUUGAAAAAAUGUUAUAAAAAUUUGAAAAUUCAAAAAAAUUUGAUCAGAAUUUUUAAACCAGUAAUAGGCUUUCCUAGAGUUUCUUACAUUGCACUGUAAUUUUCCAUCAUAAUUCCCUCAAAAAUCGUUUUUUUUUUCUCCAGCUGAAGAUAUUCCGAGUUGAAAAAAUGUUAUGAAAGUUCGAAAAUUCGAAAAAAAAAUUCGUUCAUAAUUUGCAACUAGUAAUAGGUUUUCCUAGAGUUUCUUACAUUUUACUGCACUUUUUCCUCAAAAAUCAUUUUUUUUCCAGUGGAAGAGCCUACGAACUUCACGAUCCAUCAUUCCAAAGACCCACUGACAACUCACAUUAUUCAAUAGCGGUAAAUGAAAAUUCAAAAACUCCUGAAACAUCUCUGAAACAUCUCAGGAACCCCCAAGAAACUACGAUCCAUCAGAAGUUCCUUCGAUGAGGUGUUCCAGGACGCCGAUUGUCGUCGACGAUGUCACUAUGAGGAAAACGUGUAAUUUUGUCAAAAGAGGUAAUUAUAAAAUAGUUUCUAAUUACUAGCCUCAAAAAAUGAAUUCAAGAACAAUUUUAAAAAAAAAACUUUGGGAAAGUCCAAAAAGUAGCUGAGAAGUUAGAGCCGCGGUAAAAUAAACUUUAUGCGCUCUAUUGAUAACCAAUUGGAUGAAGAGCAUUGAGAUAAUGUUCAAUAUUUAUAAAUACCUAGAUAUUUUUUUAAAUUUAGCCAUAGAGCACACAAGUUCAUAAAAAGUAGCCGCGAUUUUUCCAGUCUCUUUAACCUUCAGAGAAAGCCUAUCAGCUCGUCCUAAAAGCUCCAAAACUCGAAAAACUCGACUAAUCAAGUAAUUUUUCCGUGUCUUACCUUAAAACCUCCUCGAAAAAAAAUCGAACCAAAAAUUUGCAAUGGAGCGCACUUGAUCGAAACUUUCACGGCUUCCAGAAGACCUCUACUCGCCGAUCGACGACUAUCUAAGCACGCUCAACUACUUGCUCCACGCCAAGAUCGCCUUGGAGGCGAUGAACAACCCUCAGGGUCCACAGACCACCGCCGCCGUCUCCCUGAGCACCGUCGAGUUUAUCGAGUGCACGGCGGAUUGUGUUCGUUCUUUAGAGAUGUAGACUAGAUAUUAUAAAAACAGGAAAAAGUAAAUAGGGGAUUAAAGCCGGAAAAAUGAUACCUAUCUUCUAACCAGGUAAUGGUCUCAGCUCACAGGGGGACUUUGAAUCAGACUAGAUUCACUAGGUGUAUUUUUUCACCCUGAUUUCAAAUCUGGUCUCAGAACUUGCCCUCAAGGCCUGUGAAAAAAGUUGGGGGCUCUCAAAACUCGAAAACUGGUUAGACGACUUCAGAGGGUUGGAAUCGUGUUCAUAGGGUCAAGAAAGGAUAAAAGAUGAGUUUAAAGGAUACAAAUUUUGAUAAAAGAGAUGAAAAUCACCUCAAAAUUAGCUAUAGACCGCGAAAAUUUAGGAAAAAGGCGUUCUAAUACAAUUUUCAACUAUAAAGAUUUUUCUUCAAAAAAAGUGUUCGUUUUUUUAAAAAGAGUCCGGGAGGAAAUAUAUUAGGAAAAUAAAAAAAUAUGAGGCGAAAGUGAUAAAGUCGGAAAAAUUAUACCCUACUUAUAAUGAAAUUAUCUCAGAACCAACUGAAAAGUGUGAAAAUUGACUAUAACCUCCUGAAUUUUUUUGAAGUGAUAACUCAAGUGAAUUUUUUUCUGCGUGCCCUUGGAAAUCAAUGUCGAGCUUCAAAAUCUAUCAUAAAGUUAUCUUCAAAGUGGUCACUGGAGUAGAUUUUUCACUGAAUUUCAUUUCUAGCCUUGAAAAUCUAUCAAAAAUAUGACUUUGAAGUGAUCACUCAAGUGUAUUUCUAUAGAUUUCACUGAAGCUUGGAGAACAUUUUAGAAUAGGAAAAUCAAAAAAAUAGACAGUUUUUUUUUCGACAAAGUUCCGAAAAAAGACUUUUCAUUUCCAGUUACACUUCAAAGCGACUCAAAUCGAUGGAAACGGCCGUGCGGCGACGAAUUACGUCGAGUAUAAAGUUUUCGUGGAUCCGCAGGACUUUUGCGCCCGAUUAACCCUCAAAUAUGGUGAAUCCGAUCAGAAGACCAAUGUUAAGACUUGAAAAAAUUCAGACGAAGAAGAUGUCGCGACACAGGAAGAGCUGGACAUUAUACAACUGUUCUUCGAGAAGGUUAAGAUAUCAAAAAUUGUUUAAUCAAACUGAAAUUGAUUCCAGAUGGUCUACCGGUCUAAGAACGAGAUGGUUUUCCAGUCAUUUGUUCUAUUGUGCCGAUUAACAGCUCAUCGAGCUCUCUCCAGCAUCGCCCGGGUCAUGAAGUUUCAACUGGUAAGGCGAUUUUGGGACUUCUCUCGGGGUCUUAACAGGUGCACCCGAUUUUAACCCGUGUUUUUUUAGGUUAUUUUAGUACCAGUUGGGAUAUAAAACGGGGGAGGGACAAGAAGAAAUAGGAAACUAAACUGUAUUUAUUAAAAAAAAAUAAGGGACCAAACUGGGAUAAAAAGGGUGUGAUAAAGUUCUACCAGCUGCGCCUAUAUGGGUUUAGUUCGGGUACACCCGCUGAGAGCCCGUUUAAGCCCGGCUGAUAGCUUCUCGUUAUCAUGAAAUGUUUUAAUUAAAAUUUCGUUUGAGAAGAAUAAGAUCAAAAGCUCCACAAAUUCCUUGAAAGACAAGAAGCUUUUCAGAUAAUACAUAGAUAGGGCACUUUUAAACGAAUGAGUAGUAUAAAACAAGGUUUUAGGUAUCUUGUACAGCUUCUAACUGAGUAUCAAACAGUUUACAAAAAAAAAAAAAACGCUUUCUAGUCAGACCUUCAAAUAAGAAAUCUGCGCGGAAUCGGUGUACAGAAAGUUCUCUGAAGUGUUUCUAAAUUAUAUUCUACCUCCUAAGCUUCAAUUCUAUAGAUCUUAUGACUGAAAAUUCUGUAUUUUUUGAAACCAGUGACAAAAACCACUUCACCUCGACUGAUUGAGUUCUGUACUACCAGAUGGUUCGAGAAGAAAAAAAAAUGAAAACUUCCCGAAACUAUUCUGGAAGGCUUAGGAGUAGAACAGGACGUUCUAUAGGAUUCUUGAAACUGUAGAUGAUCUGCUGAUUCAUUAAAAAAUAUGACGAGAAGGCUAAAGAGAGUCAAAAGCUUUACAAAUGGUUCUUAAAGACUGAGAAAGGGGUCGAGAAAUCGACAACUUACAGUUUUGUACUAGCCCGUGUAUGUAUCAGAUUGCCUUUAGGAAAAAGUCCCAAAAAGAUGGUCCAUUGAAAACUUCGCGAAACUAGUUUGAAAGGCUUAGGACUAGGACAUGACGAUCUAUAGGAUUCCGGAAGCUGUAGAUGAUCUGCUGAUAGAUUAAAAAAACAUGACGAGAAGGCUAGGAAAAGUCGAAAGCUUUACGAAUGCUUCGAAAUCGAUAUCCUCAAAUUUCAGGAUGCGAAGCCCGAAGCGCGGCUGCACGUCCAGCUCAAAUUGGUCUACCUGCUCCGGGAAUCGUCGCAAACCGUCGGCCGAUCGUUCGCGUCGGGGAUCGUCGUCGACACGGCCCACACGAGCGUCAUGAUCGCCAUCGCGAUGAGGCGACAGAAGCCGGUCACCGGCGAGAAGGGCCAGCCGCGGCCGAGUCUCAUCUUCCGCAUGGUCUACAACACCCAGACGUUCGUGAUAAGCUCGGCUUAUGCGGAAUUCGUACGAAAAACAGUGCUAGCUUUCGGCGACCUAGGCAAAGUCGGAAAGACGCUUCCUAAGAUUUCUCCUUUUACGGCGGAGAAAGUCCUCUUUUUGCUAUCUCUUGCUUUUUUGAACCUUCAUAACUACAUACUGAUUAUUUUUGGCCAUGUUGCACGACUUCCGUAGAGGACCAUGUCCAAUGUAACUCGAUCUACAGGAACACGGUGCGGAUCCAAAACUCGCAGUACGCCCAUCACGCACCCCAGGCGGACAAUUCGGCUCCGACGGCGAUGCCACCGGCGCCGACCCAAGAGGACCUCACGGUCGUCAUCAAUGUCGCCAACGCUGUCGCCGAGGAUACCAAGUUCUGUCCGAUUGGGGUCGCCGUCCAAACCCUUCAUGAAUUGUGAGUUUCGCAGCGUAAAUGAGCUCGGAGAAGGGGAAUUAUUGCAGGGAGACAUUUGAACCGUUUCUAAAUAUAUCUAUGAUGAUUCUAAGCUACCGUAACCAAAGCUUGGCUUUCAAGCUACCGUACCCAAAAAUUUUUGUCUAAGCUACCGUACCCAAAACUUCUUGUCUAAGCUACCGUACCCAAAAAUUCUUGGCUAAGCUACCGUCCCAAAAAUUCUUGUCUAAGCUACCGUCCCAAAAAUUCUUGGCUAAGCUACCGUCCCAAAAAUUCUUGGCUAAGCUACCGUACCCAAAACUUCGCUUCCCAGCUACCGUAAACAAAACUUCUUUUCUAAGCUACCGUACCCAAAACUUCUCGUCUAAGCUACCGUACCCAAAACUUCGUUUCCAAGCUACCGUACUCAAAAAUUCGUUUCCAAGCUACCGUACGCGAAAAUUCUUUUCUAAGCUACCGUACCCGAAAAUUCCCCUUCACUCUAUCAUUUUUCUUUCUGACCAACUUCAGAAUUCCAAAAUAUCACAAUGAAAACCAAAAACUGUCUAUUUCACGAGCUAUUAUCAUGAGCUAAAGAAAAAUAAAGAAGCUGGUUCAAAUCGUGUGUGCCAAUGAAUAUCAGAACUUUUCAACUUCUACCCUUUCCAGCAUGUCCACUGGAGUCCAUCCGCAGCCCUACGUCCCUCGGUCUCAACCCCCAGGAAGCGUCCAACCCGUCGGCUCCGUAGGUCCAGCUCCGUCGAGCGUCGGACAGCCGCCUUCGGCUCAAUCGGCGACGGCAGGCCCCGGCAGCGUCGCCGGCCCCUCAAGUGUCCACUCGCACCUCGGACCCGGUCCGGCUUCCGUCCAGCCGGGCUCCGUCCAACACCUGGCGCCGGGUAGCGUCGGGACUCAGCCUCCCGGAAGCGUCCCGCCAGGAAGCGUCCCCCCACCACAGUGA